CUAUUGUUGCAGUUAGUAACCAAACUGAACAUACAGUGGAGCCAAUAGUUAUUGAAAGCGACAACUCCUUUGCAUCAAAUCUUUUCAAUUGUCCAAUAACCAUGGAAAAUGACAACUCCUCUACAUCAGAUCUAUACAAUUGUUCAAAAAACCAACUGAGCCAAUAGUUAAAUGUCCUCGAGAAGCUCAACCAAAUGCUCUUAUUAUAUCAUGUAGUGGUGUGUUCAACUUGAAACAAAAGCCAAUUGUAUUCCAAAGUAGUCUGAAAUGGCUGCUCGAAACAUAUUCAAAAGCCUAAAGGCCAAACGUCCCCACGGAGAUUCUGAUAAAGAGUGGACUCCUUCACCUGAGGAUUCUCAAACGUAUUCACCAGAAGAAGUGAUAAUGGAAAGCUCUAAUGUGAACAAGAGUGGCUUUCAGCGAGCAUGGAGCGAAGAGGAGGAGAUAGCAAUCCUUCAAGGCCAUCUCAAUUAUUCUUUUCUAAAGAACUCCGAACCUUCAUCAAAUUAUGGUGCAUUCCUUACUUUUGUUAAGGAUGAUUUGCAGACUGAAACAAAUAAGACUCAGCUACAACAUAAACUGACAAGGUUGAAAAGGAAGUACAAGAGAAAUAUUGAGAAAAGGAAGUUCUCCAAAUCUCAUGACGAAAAGCUAUUCAAACUUUCGGAGAAAAUCUGGGGUGAAGUUGAUAAAGUAAGGAAUAAGGUUGAUAAAACUAGUGGAAAGAUGAUUGUUGAUGCAAGUAGGUCAGAAAUGAGUUGGGAUUUUGUUCUAAAUGGAGGUACUUCUGCUGACCUGGAAGAUUGGUUCAGAAGAAAUCCACGACAGUUAAUUAGCGAAAAGGAAAGGAAUGAAAUGUUGGAGAAAUCGCAAUCGGUAAAAGUUGCCAAGGCUAGGCAAUAUUUGUUAGAGAUACAAGUGAUGGAGGAACAGGCAAAGAUGGCAACCGAUGCUAUCCAAGCCAUUCUUUCGUGAUAUUUUGUAUAACUUUGUUGUUGCUCUAUAUGUAUUUGGUUCAGAGGUUGAUUGCACUAGAUUUCCUUUAAAAGAUUUUUAAGCCAUGUGAAA